GCAUCCAAGCCUGAUAAAAGAAUGGAUUGUCCCAUUCAAAAGUUUACGUCAAACAAAUCCGUGAUCACGAAGUCAAACUGCAUCUGUGAGAUUGAAAACUUUAGAAAUUACAAAUUCAACGAAAGGAUUAAUUUGGCGCAAGUGUCCUUUUUCGAAUUUGAUUCUGAAUGGAAAGCAGACAUUAUUCCUGAUUAUUACAAUGACACUUACUUCAAGAUCAAAUUAAAUUUGAAUAAUGCAAUUGUGUGUCAAUUGAAAAAUCUACAAUGCCAAGUGUCUGGAACAUCCGGUUCAGUUAAAUUAUUUGAAUCAGGCUACUUAAAUGUUGUUAGAGGAGAAUUUUUGCAUAGCAGUGCUGUGGAGAAGCAAAGUUUGUUAAAUUUACUUUCAAAAGAAGGAACGCUAACUGCCGUUUUGCAAGUAGAACUGAAAUAUAAGCUAGAUCCGAUAACUUUUCAAAAACGCCAUUGCAAUAUAAAUACAAAACUCCAACUGGCGGAUCAGUAUUCCAGCUUACUCGAUGACGCAACGCAUUCUGAUUUCACUUUCAUUGUAAAAGGCAAAAGCUUCAAAGUUCACAAGAAUAUUCUGGCCAGUGUUAGCGAGACAAUGCGAGCAAUGUUUGCGAGUCAAUACAAAGAAACCAUUGAGGGAGUAUGCCGAGUGGACCAUAUUAAGCCCAACAUAUUUCAAAAUAUGCUCCAGUUUAUAUAUGCUGGCGUAAUACCAGCAAACCUUGAAGAUGUCUCAGUGGAUUUAUACAAAGCAGCAGACUAUUACCGGAUCGUUAAACUGAUGGAAAUAUGCAAAGAAGCCAUUCACUUUCGCCUAAUUAAUUGUAAUGCCCUGGAAGUGUAUGAACUAGCAACAAUGUACAACAUCGAGGAUGUCAGAGUGGAUGCCUGGAAGAUUGUUAAAAGUCAAUGCUUCAAAAUAUUUUUUCCAUUAAACUAUGAACCGCUAUCAUUGGAAGAUUUUCAAGAAAUACGCGACUCAAAAAUGCAAGAAAAGGAGAUUUGGUCAAAGCACAAGAGAGAAAAUUCGGUUAGCCCGCUGUCGGACAAUUAA